AUGAGGCUCUCCAGCGCACUAGGUCUUGCGCCCGGUGCACUGGCAGUUCUGCUUCAUUCCGUGUUGUUGCUUCGCAUUCCCGGAAUAUUACUCGUUGCGUCCAAUGCUGGGAUAACUUCCGUUCACGCUCAGAAUAUGCCAACGAACUCUACCAGUCUGCCAAUUGGCUCUUGUACCCCCGACAUCCCAUGUUCCAACGGUGCUUGCUGUAACGGCAAGUCCGGCUUUUGCGGCUUUGGGUCCAAGUUCUGCGGCACGGAUGUUUGUACCAGCAACUGUAAUGCCAAGGCCGAAUGUGGCGUUGACGCACCUCCGGAGAACACUACAUGCCCUUUGAAUGUCUGUUGCAGUCAAUUCGGAUUCUGCGGGACUACCACGGAUUUUUGUGGGGAUGGGUGCCAAUCAAACUGUGGGGCUCCGCCGAUCCCGUCAUGUGGUACCAAUCAAGAGUCUGCACUCAAUAAACGCAUUGGAUAUUAUGAAGGAUGGGGCAAUGGAAGGUCUUGCAUGUCUUAUCCACCAGAAAAAAUCUCGGCAGAGUCGUUGACCCAUAUAAAUUUUGCAUUUGCACUUAUUUCCAACACUUUCCAGGUUAUUGAAAUGACCAAAGGAGAUUCUGAUCUAUGGAAGCGGACAACAGCACUGAAAAAGCGGAACCCUACACUGAAGGUUUUCUUAUCUAUUGGUGGCUGGACAUUUAAUGAUCCACCAACCUCUCAUAUCUUUUCCAACCUUGCAGCAUCUACCUCUAAUACCAAUACUUUUAUUUCAUCACUACUCAAAGUCUUUGAGACAUAUGGGUUUGAUGGUGUUGAUAUUGAUUGGGAGUACCCUGUUGCAGAUGAUCGUGGUGGAAUUCCUGCAGACAAAAAGAAUUAUGUCACUUUUAUGGCAGCACUCAAGAAAGCAUUUGGUGGAAAGUAUGGCUUGACCUUUACUGCACCAUCAUCCUACUGGUAUCUGCAGAAUUUUGAUCUUCCAGGCCUGCUAAAAUCUGCAGACUGGGUCAAUGUCAUGACUUAUGAUCUGCACGGCACAUGGUUGUAG